AUGCCGCCCCCUGGUCGUCAAUCCGAGCCCGUCUCAUCUGGGCGCUAUCUUGUCUUGCGCCACCGUCGACAACGUCUAGAUGCCAUUAGAGAAAAUCGACUUGGGAAAUCAUCUCCUGUCAAACCAGACGAGAAGUGUCUUGACAGCUCUUAUACGCCGGAACUACGAGAAAUCACAAAUGAUGCGGUCGUCAAAGAAACCGUUACCCUGAACCCCCCCGGGCAGAAGAUCCCGGAGAAGAGCACGGAAAGCUUCAAAGUUCUAGCUCCACGGUUCGCUCUGGACCCAGACUGUAUCUACUCAACAUUCCCUGCUGCUGGUCACAGUGCUCCCGUCACCUGCCUGCCACACGUCGUGUUGCAUGAUGCCCUCCUGCCAUGGGAUCGUGUGGCCGACGGUAGUGAUGCAGCGGCUCUCCACGAUAAAGAUCUCCCUGAUCGGGUACCAUGGCUCAUCUGCGUGACAUUCGAACCGAAAGAGCUGCAACUCACUAAUGAGGAGAUGCAAAGUAUGUUUCCACAUUCACUGAACUCCGACAGUAAUAAAAGCACCCAGUCGCCAACCAUGGCAGUCGAUUUGGACGUCUCGGACUUGGUCAAUUUGGAUCCGAACCAGAUAGUGACUCCAGUCAAGCAAGUAGAGGACGUGGUGGAGACCAAGACCAGCGUAAUUGCGAUACCAGCAGGUAUUUUCAACAACCUCUUCACCAAGUACGACGCAGAGGGCAAUCCACAGAGUCAGAGCAGCUGCGACGUCUCACAUUAUCGGCUCCUUGCCCAUAUGCGGAAUGUGCCAACGAACGGGAUAGCAUAUGCUGGUAUACAGGAUGAGGUUUCUGACCAGAACUUUGGUGUCGUUUUGUCGCAUCGCACAGGGCCUCCCAGUUGCAAGACGCCGACAACGCUAGUGUCGCAUCUGCUCUCGAUUGAGGGCGUCUCAACCAUGUCAUUCCCCGUCGAUGAAAGCAAGCGUGUCGUGCUCCCAUCGCUAUUCAGUUGGACACAUACUUGUCAACCGUCAGAAAUGAUGAAUCUCCCGAACUUGAUGAGCCACCUGGCAGAAGGAGGCGCCAUGCUAAGACCUCCGCUGUCGGAGGUCAACCCGACUCCGGACAGUAUUGAAGCACUGAAAAUUCACAAGUAUUUGAAAGAUGGAUAUUCCCUGGUUCGUUACCGCACAAUAACUGGCGAAGCCACAUCUGCACUUAACCGCGGUCCAUUGGUGCCGUCUGCGGUCGAGUUUCGUCUACGCAACGCACAAUCUAAUUUGGGCCAGUCGCUGCAAAUCCUAGAUCAGCAGCUGGGUCUCAUGGAUGUCUCAUACUCCACUGCGUGGAAUCUAGGCCGUGACCUGGCCGUGGCCGAUGCCACCUUCACGAAAGCACUUCUUCAAGUCCGUAAUGCCAUCCUCCAGAAUGGAACUAGUGAGAGAAAGAGACAGGCUAUGCGGGUUACAGGGGUUCCAAAAAAGACUAGGGAAGACCUGUUGGCAAGCUUGCAUGACCUCACGCAGGAAACGCACAUGCCAACUAUUAUCGAUCCCUCUCGCGAGCAGCGCUGGAAACGCCCAAAUACCACUAUCCCCGUUGAAGUGCUAGAUAGCAAGGUAGUUGACUCUGCUUACCAGGACGAGCUAGACCGAGCUGCAUAUCAAAUCGCUAGUGGCUAUGAAGAAGGAUCCUUGCAGGCAGAGGAGACGAAUGGCACUAUGCCUGCCCCGUACGAUGAGCUCAAUGUCCCAACAUCUCCGGACUGGAGAGUUGUACUUCGAUUCGUGCUGGAUUUGCUCUUCCUUAUACGAGUUCCUUCUCAAUAUCUGUUUUCGGAGCCAAAAUGUCUGCCGGAGGAGAGUCUGCGCUUCUUCUACAUCGACGAGAACUGGACCCAUGCUCUUGUCGAUGGUGCUCUUAGUCUGGGGAAUCAUGUCGACCAGAAGGAAGACCAUGUCCGGAAAGCCAUACACAAGGCAAUUCAACGCUACCGUCAGAAACCACAUCCGGAGCUUGAAGAUGUGCCGCCGACCCCGAAAUUUGGACUUUUGCUGCGAUCUGAUCUAGUAGCACGAUUCCCCGAUCUGGAGGUCAAAGUUGAAUCCAAAACAACAGAACGCUCGCCGACAUGUCUUCUUGCGCGCCACGAGGUGCUCAGUCCUGGCGUCAUGCUUGUUUUUCUAACUGAGAUUCCAGACUUCAAAUAUGAAGUUUCCUUCACGCCACCCGCGCACCAGCAAUGCUUCAGUAUCGCCGACGAGCUGAAUGGUGACAAUAUCACCAUAUCGUAUAAGAAGAUCUAUUCCAUGACGGAGAAUGACUCCGACCUGGAUUCUCUGCAGAAAUACAGUUGGACACGCGAGAACCAGGAUUAUCCAUUGCCAUUUCCUGCUGGUCCCGGCGCUGUGUACAUUUGGGGCAGCAAGCCUGGACUUGAGGAUAUUCGCACACUCCUUGUCAACAAUCUCGCUUGGAACUUAUAUAAUUCUCUUGGGACCAAGCUAUCUUUUGAGGGUCCCACAGCUGCCAUGAUGGGCAUCCAGCUCAACAAUUCAAGUUGGCAGUUCAAGAUCGAACUUCCCGUGUCUCCCUCUCCAUUCAUCGACCCAAUUGACACCACACUUCCGGACCUAUGGCAGCCCCGAGUCUAG